GGUUGCUGAUUGUGUGGUAUCAGUUAGCUCACAGAAGUGUCAUUCCUUGUGUAUAUAUGUUUGGUCUCAACGUAUUACGUGUAACCUUCAAAGAUAAUCUUUUCCUACAUAACAAUUCGGUGACAAUUUAAAGCCAAUCAGAAAUACUGGAUUUUAACUAUUUAAUAGUCUAUCUUUCAGUAAAUGGAAAAUCCUGGAGCCGGUACUCCAGUAAAAAUAUGCCCAUAUGGUGAAGAAUUCGGAAUAACCACUCCAUCUGGGGGUUUGAUUUUUAAUCCAUUCCAUAAAGAAUUUCUCAGUCGUGUUGAACAAGUGAACUUCAGCCCAGGAAUAUUUGCCUACAAUCCCAGUCCGAUUAGCAAAAGUGGUUCAAGGAAAACAACUCCCAACAGAAUCAAGACACCUUUUAUCUUAUCUCCUGACAUUCAGGGAGAAUUGUUCCCUGCUGAUAUAGACGAAAAUCCAAUACUACAAUUGAAACUUCAAGAGAAACUGGAUACUCAGUGUGAUGAUGAGAUUCAGAAUAGAAUUCAUAGCUUUUUUAAAAAUCAUCUUAUUGCACCGAGCCCUGACACAGUUGUAUUUGACUCACCAACCAAAUUCCACUCCAGUUGUCUCCCAAGGACUUCAUCUCUUCUACCUACAGCUACUCCUUUAGGUAAAAAGAAAAAGAAUUCCUAUAUUCUAGGAAAUACUUCAAGUUGUAUGUGCGAAGUUGCAGUACAAACAUCAAUCUCUAUGCCUCCAUCAUUUGAUUUUGAGUCAGUUAUGCAAAUUGCUUUUGAACAGAAUCAUUCAAUGAAAAAUCUAUCCGUUGCGAAAUCUUCAGUUAUGUUGUCAAUAACAUCAAAUGAAAUGAUCAUCAAUGAUGAUAAAUCAAAUUCACAACAAAAAUCAGAUCCAUUCACAAAUAGUAUAUCAUUAUCAGCUUGUGCAGUUGAUCGUCCUAUUCCUUGCAAUUCAAAUAGUAACUCUUUGUCAAUACUUCAUAAAAAUUCUCGUCAUUUACUUAGUCGACGUAGUCUCUUCUCUGAUUCAUCCGAAAUAAAUGAAGAACCUAGUUACACGGUCGUAGAUGACAAUGAAUUGAAUGAACAACAACGUACAUUAACUUCAUCUGACGAUUUAAGUCGUCAUAAUCAUCAUGAUAAUUUAAAAUUUUCAUCUGUUGUUGCACAACCAGCAUGUUCAAGCUAUCUGUCAUCAACAAAAAUGGAUUACGGAUCUUCACAUACAAAAUUCAGUAUUGAUAAAUUUUCUCCUAAAAAUGAAUCAAGUUCUUUAUUGAUUAAAGAAACUGCUGCGUUACAAAUGUGUUUGCCUGCAAGUUGGGCUGAUACUGUUGGCAAUAGUGAUAGUUCCGAUGAUGAUAAUUAUUAUAAUGAUGAUAGUAAUAAUGAUAUUAAGAAUAAUGAUGACCAUUUAACAGAUCAAGAUAAUUCAGUCAGUAUGCAUACGUUGAAUCGAACUACAGUUGAACAGAUUUCUAAAAAUAUUGAUAAUAAUGAUAAUGUUAUAUAUUUCGAUGAUACUAAUACAAAUGUUGGUCAUUACAAACAUAUUGAUUAUUGUUCAUCUCAAAUGAAUUCACCACAAUAUCAACAACAAUAUCGUUGUGGUAGUACUAGUCCAAAUGUUUGUUACACUGAUAUAUCAUUUCAAAGUCCUGAUUUAUCACCAAUCUUACCUAUACAUCGUAAGAAUAGUUGUACAAAUUGUCCACCAUUUACUGAUGAAGUUAAAGAUAUUUCUCUUGUUCAAACUAACAUGCAUAUGAAUGAGAUUAGUAGUAAUCAUGGAAUUAUGCCAGCGAAAUGUUUAUUCCCGCCUAAUUUGAAUGGAUCAACUUGACAACAGUAAUAAUAUUACUGUUGCAAUAAAAUAUGUAGUAGUCGUAAUGAUAAUUUUGUCACGUGAAAAAUGUGGUUACACGAUUACUCUCUCUCUCUCUCUGUUCCCCCGCCUCCUACCGACUUACAAUGAAUCGUUUUAAUUGUACUAACAUUGUGUUUUUUUUCUCCCAGCUCUGUGACCGGAUGAUUACUUUUUAUCUCACGUAAUACCUUUUUUCUUGAUUAAUGUAUAACUGAAUGCGUUAUUAACAAUCAAUAUUCUUGUCCAAAGUUAUUUUUCUUUAAAGACAAGGCUUUACUACUAUUUGUAAGUGACUUCUUUUUUUCGUAAAAAUAAAACAUCAUUCUGUGGUAUUUGUAAUACUUAACUAGUAUUGUUUACUAGUAAUUUGUCCAUCUUAUUUUCUCAUUUUAAGCCAAGAAUAUUAAUGUUAUUAGAAUUAUACGUUAGUG